CGUGAAACAGUGUCAGCUAAAAGUGUUCUGUAAGUUUGGAAAAACUUUUACUUUGAAAGGUCGGUGCUCUAAGUGAACCGGAUGUAAUCAAAGCGCCAUGUUGGAUACAAAGAUCCAAACUGUUAGUGUUUCACGGUUUCUCCUGCAGUUAUAGACACGGCUGAACCGGACGGAACCGCCGUCUACCCCCGAGAAACCGCGCGUGAAGCCCGCGGGCCGCGAUGGAGCGAAGCGAAACUUUCGUUACUGAGAUGGAGAAGAUCAUGGAGGCGGCGGUGGAAUCGGCCGUGUGUGUCCUCUCUGAGGCGGCGCGGGACCGCCGGGACAGACGGGAUGAGCUGACCUCCGUCCUCCACGUGAUGACCAGAGAGGCUGGUCGUAAGAUCUGCAGAGUGUUCAGAGAGCUCUUUGUUGGCUUAGUGAUGGAAAAUGAAGCUCUGAAGCACAAAGUGGGACAUUUGGAGAGUCAACUGAAGUCAAAGGGAGAGAAGCCUCAGACGGUUUAUAAGAUAAAACCAUCAGAUGGUCCGGCAUUGUCACUGGACAUCAACCAAUCAGCUGCCAACCCGGCGGCCCUCGCCAUGGCCAUCCUCAAUUCGGCUAAAUCCAGACGCAGAACCAGAAGCAACCUUCAGGUGCCUUUGGUCAUCAUCAGCCAGCCGCUCCCUGAACCAAUCGCAAGCCAGAGCAGCCCCACCCUGCCGGUGCUUCUGGAGAAACCUCAUCAAGCCACAUCUUCCAGCUCAGAGGGUUCUCCAGCUGUUGUGGUGUUAGAAGUUAACGAGAGUUCAAAAGAUCCUGAUGAGUUACCAAGAGAAGAGGCUUCACUCCCUGUGGAUAAAAACAAUGAGCCAAUCAGCGAGCCCGCAGCUCUUCCAGUGACGGUAGAAAUGAUGCCAUCACCUGAAGUGGAACAAACUGUUGUAGAAACAGAAAUAAAGAUGGAAACCGUUGAAGCGACGUUGGACAGACAGCCCCGUGAGACAGGUCUGGAGGAGGAGAGGCAGAAGGAGCUGGAGAGAAAGAGGAGGAGGGACCUGUACAAGGAAAAGAGGUUUUUCUGUGAACUGUGUAACAAAGGCUUCCAUCAGAAACACCAGCUGAGGAAACAUGUGUCGUGCCACCUCAAACCUUUCCCCUGCAGCUCCUGUGACAAAGGCUUCUGCAAAGCCAAGAGUCUACAGAAGCACCUGCUGAGCCACGAGUUGCGGGAGGCUCAGCAGAAGGACCCGGACAAGCUGCUUCACUGCGACCAGUGCGACAGGAAGUUCAGGCUGCUGCGGCAGCUCAGAGUCCACCAGGCUUCUCACCGGCUGAAGAAGACCCCGCUGCAGUGCCACGUCUGCCAGCGCACCUUCACCUCGACCGGUGCGCUCCGCUACCACGAGGUGUCGCACGCCCAGGUGAAGCCCUUCAUGUGUGACGUCUGCGGGAAAGGCUUCACCAGGAAGAAGAGCCUCCGCGAGCACCAGACCGUCCACACCGGGGCGCGGCCCUACACCUGCCCCACCUGCGGGAAGAGCUUCUCCACCGCCAGCAACUUGCGCGUCCACAAGAGGUCCCACUCCGAGGAGCGGCCCUAUAAGUGCUGUGAAUGCGACAAGGCCUUCAAAUGUAAGAUGGGGCUGCUGCAGCACCGGGUUGUCCACUCCGGGGAGAAACCCUUCAUGUGUCAGACCUGCGGACUCAGCUUCGGCCUCAAGUACAACUUCCAGAGACAUCUGCGCCUCCACAACGGAGAGAAGCCCUUCAGGUGUGAUAAAUGUGGAGAGGGCUUCUCGGGGACCUGGGCUCUGAAGACCCACAUGCUGGUUCACGGCAUGGAGAAACCCUUCAUGUGUGACCUCUGUGGAAAGACCUUUUUCUACAACUGCCAGUUGCAGAAGCACCAGCAACUUGUCCACGACAACAAAGACCAGCAUAAGGUGGGGGGGUUGUCGGGUAGACCCCGGCCCACCCGAGCCAAGCCCUACAGCUGUAAGAGUUGUCUGAAGAGCUUCAGCAGCAACACCACGCUGAGGACCCACGAGAAGAGCCACGCCCAGAACAAGGACUUCACCUGCGACACCUGCGGUAAGUCCUUCCACCUGCGCCACCUGUACCUGUACCACAUGAGGCUGCACAGCGGCGACCGGCCCCACGUCUGCAGUAUCUGCCAAAAGGGCUUUCUGCUGAUGUCACAGCUGAAACAGCACGAGCUUCUGCACACUGGAGUCAAGCCUCACAAGUGUGAAGAGUGCAACAAAGAGUUCAGGACGCCGCAGAACUACCAUCGCCACCUGCUGAUCCACACCGGAGAAAAACCCUACGAGUGCGUGGUGUGCAACAGAAAGUUUAGGCAGUCCAACCAGCUCAAGUCUCACAUGCAGAUCCACACUGGGGUCAAGCUGUACACCUGCGAGCACUGCGGCCAGGGCUUCUCCGACUCAAGGCAGCUGAAGAAACAUCGAUGUGUAGACGACUUCCAGAGCUGUGAGUCCAGCAGCAAAUGCAGAAAGCCGAAGAACGGCUUUCCCUGGGCGGAAGGCUUCGCGCAGCAGUAAGUCCCGAAGGGGGAGUAGGUUAGCCUGAGCUAGCCGAGCUUAGCAUAGAGACCAGAAAGUGCUAGCCUGGCUCUUUUCACAUACCAGAUAUACAGAGGGCGUCAAACGACUGUGUACCCAUUCGCCCACUUCUUCAGUCAGACAUCAGAUCAAGAUCCACUCUCACAUUAUUCGUCUAAACAGAGAAUAAUCCCAACGUUUUGUACUUUGCUUUAGAAGGUUUAUGUAUUUUUAAUUUUUAAAAACAAAUAUACGCCAAAAAACAAUUAAAAAAAACAUCAGUUGUUUCUUACUCCAGUUCUGUUUAAUGAGAGGCCAAACUCUUGUUAUGUGUUGGAAUAUAUUAAAUUCACUGCGUUUACUGUCUUGUCUUGUCUGUCCAAACAUGACUGUUACAAAGAUUGUAACCUAAUAUAAACAUACAAACAGAUCACUCAUAAUACUGUGAACAAUAUUAAAGCUCUCAUAACACAUGAUUUGUAACAUGGCAAAGAGUAACCAAGUGUGUGUUCUUUUAUAAUAUCAAUCACACUUAGGGAGGACAUGGUCAUUGAGUGUUUAAAAGUAAAUGAAAUGCAAUCUGUACUGAGCAACAACACAGUUGCUUUAACCUCUUGGUUCGUCAAAGGCUGAUCCGCGCUUCAACAGUCUGGUUGGUUUGAACCAGAUGUCAGUCAUAAGCAUAAUCCUACGUUAGAAGAGUUGAUCACUGAAACCAGGAUUUUCUAACCGCACAGAAUCCAUAUGAGGAAUUCAAGACCAUAGCUUGGCCCGCUGCAUGUCUUUGCCAUUGUGAGAAUGACAAAGACAUUAAUUGCGUUUCUAUAAAAGUAGCUGCUAUUCCUAAAAAGUCCACUGGGGGUCGCACUGUGUGAGUGAGCGCAUGCGUUAGACCGGGAGGAGCAGGUCGUUCACCAACGUCAUGGCACGAAUAUACCGAUAUGAAUGCUAUAAUAUACAAGUCGUAAAUCGGCUCAUUUGAUGAAAGUGUACUUUCUUGUUUCUUGUUCUUCUGAGUUUGUAUCUAUCAUUAAAAUGCACCUAUUGUAAGUCACUUUGUAUAAAAAGUCAGCUAAAUG